AUGCAUAGUUGUUUAACACUUGUGGAUUAUACAUGGAAAGACAGCGAAGAAAGUGGUACAUCUUCACCAAGAUAUCCAAAUUAUGAUCAUAUAUAUCGUCUUCGACGUACAGCUAGAUCAUUAGAUGGUGGAGAUACAGUCAAUUGUUUAUUGAAUAAUCAAGAUGAUCAUAUAACUUCAUCAAGUGAAUCUAGUAGACAAUAUCAAAGAUAUCUGAAUGAUCGAUUAAAUCAUUCAAUUGGAAAGAUUACAAAACAAAAUCAACAUCGUCAUCAUAGUUCUAUGCUGUUGCUGAAUACACGUAGACUACCAAUCUAUGCUACAUCGAAACGUUUAAGUAAAGGACCAGAUCGUGUAUGGGUACCAGUUGGACAUUGUAGAUAUCUACUAGAACGUGAUUUACAUACUGGUGAAAUUAAAUGGAGUCCUGAAGGGAAUGAAAUUCUCUGUACACCAAGGAGUUUAGCUGAAAUCUGCAUGGCACGCUUAAUUCGUGAUUGGCCGUGUAUGCUACCCCCACGACGUUCAUCCCUACGUAAUAUGGUCAGUUUUCUAUUCAGCUCACGUGAUAUACAAUCGAAUUCUUCAAGAAACAUACCAUUAAAUGAGCUAACAAAUUCAGCUGGAACUGCUACCGCUAAUAAUACAGUCAUUUCAAGAACCUCACCACCACCAACACCAUCAUCGUCAUCGACAUCAUCAGGUGUAAGACGAUCUGCAAGUUUAUCAUCAGGUCGUUAUACGUAUAAAAAUGAUAAAUUUAAGUCUAAAGAUGCAAAAAUUGACGAAAAACACUGCCAAACAGAUAACAAUAAAGGAAAUGCCGUGAAAUUUAUCGAUACAACCCCUUUAACAUGUCAUGAUCUACCUGUCACAGUGUUAAUUAGCUUAAUAUCUGAAGCUAUCCUACAAAGAGAUUGUGCUGCAAUCACUGGCCUGGUUGCUAAUUGGCCUGCAGAAAGUCUUAUCGUUAAACAAUUAAUCCCAGCUGAAGAAUAUCCGUUAAUACCAAAUUAUAUGACUAAGCCAACAUUUGUACUUGUCAGUUCAGAGAAUGAAAUGCUUAGUCGUAAUGCCCUGGUCAAAGGACCCAGUCUACUUGACGCUUUUAUAUUAGGCAUGUUAACUAGACAACCUAAGUGUAAGCUGAAAUCAAUUGAUUUUACUGGAUUUGAAGAAGACUGUCGUGUAAGUAUUGAACUAUCUCGUCUACCAAUUCUAUGGAUGAAACCAGAGAAUCGUAAUUCAGAAAGUGUACGUAAACACCUAAUGGCUAGUCUGCAUAUUGGUAUACCGAAAAGACGUCUUGAAGCAUAUUUUUCCAGAAUAUCAACUAUAUAUGCCUAUCAUGAAGCAGAUAUUGGACAUGGGGAACAAUUUGAAACUGUAACAAUCCAUUUAGAUUGUAAUAUGACAGUGGAUGAAGUUGCACUUGGUUUAUCCCUGCAAACUUUGACUCCAUUUCGAUUUUCAUGUAAUCGUUUAUUAUUACAACGAUUACCAGAAAUUAAUUUUCCACCGUAUAGUUUAAUUAGAUUAUUUGACCCAUUGUCAAUUACACAAUUUGAACUAGAAGAUCCUACAAUCGGAAGUAGUAUAGCUGUUGUCUUACCAUCUGCAGUUGGUUGGUUAAUUAGUCUACGUAAUUUACGAGCAUGUUCAUUACCAUCGUGUAUUCCACCUCCACCAGAUGUCAUACCGACUACACCAAGUUCAACAUCAACACUUAUCUCAACCUCGCAUAUUGGAAAUGUACAGUCUCCUUCAAAUCCUUCUUCUACUUCUCCACAGUCUAAUGCCGGUUCAUCGUCGCCAACACCUUCGUCAUCGAAUGUUAUCAACAGCUCUGGUAGCAGUGGUAGUAGUAGUCAAAAUUCUUCGACUUUAAGCAACACAACGAACAGUAGUCCUCCAUUACAAAACUUUACAACUCCAGCAUUCACAUCAACGGUAGCUGCUUGUCGUCUGUUGAAUAGAGCACUUGUAUCAUUGAGAUAUUUACAAAGACUUGGAUUAGCUAGAUGUCAUUUAACUGGACAAUUGAAAACUCUUCUAGGCGGAUUAAGUCAACCACUUGAAUAUUUAAAUUUACAGGAUUGUUGUCUUGCCUCUGAAGAUAUUCAUUAUCUGGUACAUCAAUGGCGUCCAUUGCAUGGUUUAUAUGAAUUAAAUCUAUCACGUAAUAAUUUAUCAGUUGUACCAGAAGAGACAUUAUAUGAACUUGUACAGAAUGUUUGUCUUAAACCAAGAGGACGUUUAGUUUGUUUAUCUAUCGCAUAUACAUGUUUAUCCACUGAAAGAAUAAUUAAUUUACUCAGUUUAAUGGCUGGAAUGGAUCCAUCACAGAAUUUAAAUGAAAAUGACGAAGGAGAGAAUGAUACUGCCUCAAAUAAUAUUGAUAAAUGGAUUGAUAAAACAUGUACACUACGUGUUCUAUGCAUUCAAUCGUUUAUUCCACCGGCAAGAUCACAAAUUCAUAGAAUAUUAUAUAGAAUAACACGAUUACCGAAAUUACACAAAUUAUAUAUAUUUCCAGCAUUUUAUGCAUUUCCUGGUGACACAGAAAUUGAACAACGUGAAUUACGUCUUAAUCAAUUGAUGCAUAGUCGUAAUUAUCUUAGGCAGCGGUGUCGUUCAGAUAUUGACAUACUUUAA